CUUUCGGCGUUUCACUCUGAAUUUUGCUACGAGUUUACGGUAACGUUAUUAUUUAAAAAUUAAAAUGUCUUUUACUAGUGAAAGCCAGCAAAACUCACCAUUUCAUUUGAUUCGAGUUAAUGUUAGAGAAAUUCUAAUCGAUGUGAUUCGUAAUCUAGAAGGCACAAAUGGUAAUAUUAACAUUGACUAUGUUCGCUACAAAGUCGAUUGGCUUUGUGCAAUACUGACGAGAUUCGGCAAUAAUUUGGAAAACAUAGAACAUUUACUUUUACCACGUAUCAGGGAAGCACAAACUAUUCUUGCAACCAUUGACGACGAUUUGUACACAGGCAACAACCAUGUACCAACUUUAUUGCAAACAAAUUCCAGAGGAAGGCCUAGUUUUCACAUUCCUUGUGAACAAAUGGAACUAUUUCUCGAUUAUGGAUUCAAGGCAAGUGAAAUGGCAAAGAUUUUGGGUGUUAGUGAAAAAACAGUUUACCGGAGACUGGAGGAAUAUGGGCUAUCCAUGAGGAACAGCUAUUCCAGUAUUACUGAGAACGAGUUGGAUGACAUAAUUAAAGGGAUAUUGGUGGAAUUCCCUAACACUGGAUAUAAAACAAUGCGUGGACAUUUGCUUUCGCGGGGAUUGAAGUUGCAGGAGAGUAGAGUAAGGGAAGCAAUGAGACGUUCAGAUCCUGAAGGUGUUCUUGUUCGAGCAUUACAGCUAAGGGUAACUCACAGAAGGGUUUACAAUGUUAGAGGACCUCUUUCUCUCUGGCACAUGGAUGGUCAUCAUAAACUUAAAAGGUGGAAAUUUGUCAUCCAUGGUUGCAUUGAUGGGUUUUCUCGAAAGAUAAUGUAUUUGUCCUGUAGUGGUAAUAAUCAAGCAGCCACAGUGUUAGGUUUGUUUUCAAAAGCUGUUGAACUUCAUGGACUACCUUCAAGAGUGAGGGGAGACUAUGGUGGAGAGAAUGUCCAGGUGGCUUGGUAUAUGUUUAACCAUCCACAGCGAGGACCAGGCAGGGGAAGUUACAUCACAGGAUCAAGUGUUCACAACCAAAGAAUAGAGAGGCUGUGGCGUGACUUAUUUGUUGGUUGUCUGUACAUCUAUUACUCUAUUUUUUAUUACUUGGAAGAAGCAGGAUAUUUGGAACUAAACAAUGCAAUUCACAUGUUUUGCUUGCACUUUGUUUUUCAACCAAGAAUAAACAGACAACUCCAGCAUUUUUGUAAUGGAUGGGAUAAUCAUCCAUUGAGAACUGAACAAAAUAAAACGCCAAACAGACUUUGGAUCAAUGGACUAUUUGAUAUGUCAUCAAAUAUUACUGGAGAGCUUUCUGAUUACCAAUCUCAGGAAUGGAAUGAGUAUGGUAUUGACCCUGAUGCACCUUGCCCUGUACCUGAGUCAGAAAAUAUUGAAACACAAGAUGUGAUGUCUCCAUUACAAGAUGAAGAUUUCGAAGCAAUGAAACAACAGAUUGACCCACUAAAUGAUACUGAUGUGUAUGGCAUUGAAACAUACAUACAGGCAUGCAUUUUUGCAUCUUCUAGGUCAGGUUGCCAUGAGCCUGAAUAGUUUUUAUUAGCAGGUGAUUUUAAGGAAAGUAUAAACAUAUUAAGGACAAUCACUUGCAAAACCUGGCGUUCUAAUUAGGAAAUGUAGACAUCUCUUCUGGAAAAUGUUUUUGCCUUUAAAACAGAACCCAACUGCAACAAAUGUUAUGAUACUAAAUCCAACUUGUGUCUUAUAUGAUGCCAAAUCCCAUUGCUUGCAUGUCCAAGGCAAUGUUCAUCUGUCUGGAAAACUCUUCAAAAUUGGCAACUUUUUUUGGUAGUUCUAAAUCCAUAGGACAUGUAUUGGAAUUUGGCAAAACACUUUCAAUAGUUGUGAGAGUUAUCUUGUCAGGUUCAUGAAAACCCAUUGGUGGUAUACUACUUGCACCAGUAGAAAAUGCCAACAACUUUUGCAAACCCUUUGCAUCUAAUAAUGUAAAAAUUAAGCUUUAGUAUAUAUAUGUACAGUAAUAUGUUCUUAGCUAAAUCAAAACCAAUAGUUACGGUACAGAAAAUAACGUACCCAAAUUAUCAAUAUACUUGUAAAAAUAGCCUUUGAUUGGGUCAUCUAAGUGUGUAUGCAUCAAUAGACUUUUAAACAUUUCUGGGGUAAGAUCCACAUCACCAACAUGAACAAACAAGGGCUUGAAAACAUCAGGAU